AUGACACAACCAGAAGGUAGCGCACCAUCAGUAGCAUAUGCUCAUCCCGCCGUUGCGGUUGUCAGCCCUCACUUCUGCAGCCCCUACCCCGUGGAUAUUGCAAUUGUUAGAAAACUUCUAACCAUAGCCCAUGGCAAAUUUGAAGUCACUGAUGUCAAUGGCAACAUCAUUUUGAAAGUCAAAGGAGAUCAUUUACUUGACGCGGCUGGUUAUCCCAUUAUCACUCUAAGACAGAAGUUGAUGUCUGCACAUGACAGAUGGCAAGUUUUUAGGGGGGAAAGCACAAAAUCCAGUGAUCUGAUUUUUAGUACUAAGAGAUCUUCAAUGGUCCAAUUUCACACCAAAUUAGAUGUUUUCUUAGCACAUAACACAACAGAGAAGGUACCUGACUUCAAGGUCAAAGGAAGUUGGUCUGCAAAAUCCUGCGUCAUAUAUGCUGGGGACGACUCCACCAUUGUUGCCCAAAUGCAUAAGAAACGCACAGUUAAAAGUGAGUUGCUUGGAAAGGACCAUUUCAUGGUGACAGUGUAUCCUGGGAAUGAUUAUGCAUUCAUCGUCGCGCUUAUUGUGAUUCUUGAUGAGAUUAUCACUGCUCGUAUUUCCUACUGUUCCAACGUAAUACGUCAAGGACUUGGACCAUGA